ACAGAGCAAAUUCCAUACAGUGCCGCAACAUAAACACCUUCAUUUAAAACUGAUGUUUACCUCGGCCAGGACAUAUCACUACCUUUGAUGUCUCUAUUCACGCAAUGUAUGUUGUGGUGGCAAGAAAAUCUACGUUAUCUAAGGCUGCCCUCUGAUUGGCUACUUUAGCUGUCCUUUUUGGCGGGUAACUGUGCGAGUUUGACCCAACAUCUAACAGUUUCUUAGUAAAUUCGGUCUGGCUAGCUAGCUAACUUGUUUUUGGUAGUUAUUUUUUUAAACAAAAAAACAGGUUGUGUGACUGCGCUCUAUCUAGGUAGUAAUAGCUAGCUAUGUGAGCUAUGCAAUUUCAUACUAAUCACAAAUAGGUUGUAGAGUAAAGUCAGUGACAUCAGUGGCUGUGUGUAUUGCUGCUAGCUACGUUAGCUAGCAAAUUUAAUGUAGAUAGCUAGUUAGCUAAAUUAGCUAGCCAGAUUAGUAUAAAAUAUUUCUGUAUCUAUCUGUGUAAACUAGUACUUAGCUAACUAGCUACAUAUUUCAACAUAGCUUUACCUUGAUAGCUAGCUAUCUGGCUUAUAAUUUAUCUUUAUUUUGUAGAUUUGUCAACUUGUUAUCAACUAGUAUUACUACCAUGGCAUGUGAACAACGUUUGCGGGCUGCUCAGGUAAAACCUCUGGCUAUCCAUAGCCAGACCGUGGUCCUAUUGAAUUGCUGUUUUAUAGCUAGCAAAUGGCAUGUUCUAUGGAUAUUUACAUGCCUCUAUUUAUUCAGACAUCUUCAAAUUGCCUUGGUGUAAGCGCCUGCCUUUGUUAUAUUUUAUAGGGCACCCAGUUGCUGCCAAAUGUAGUUUCAACAGAGCAGCAGUCCUUGAUUGUUGUGAAGAAACUGCUGGCAAUUGCAGUCUCCAGCAUCACUUAUCUCAGGGGUCUUUUCCCAGAAAAAGCUUAUGGGAGAAAAUUUGUUGAAGAGCAGAAAGUUAUGAUCCUCAGGGAGGAACGCACCUGCCUUGGUGCCAGUCAGAUUGUACAGUGGAUGCAGGGAUGCUUUGAUGCCCUUCAGAGAAAAUACUUGCGGACGGUCGUUAUGUCUAUAUACACAGACCCAGAUAAUCCCAAGCAAAAACAGCAAGAAUCUGGGAAAGAUGGCUUGCAGCAACACAAAAAAGUCCAGCAUCCUCCUGGUGCGUAAACUCUACACACUGAUGCAGAACCUGGGUCCUCUGCCAGACAAUGUCUGUCUCAACAUGAAACUUUCUUACUAUGACGACGUCACUCCCCAGGACUACCAACCCCCUGGCUUCAUGGAGGGGGACAGCGAUAGCAUGCAGUUUGAGAAGGAGCCUGUCAACCUGACCAUGGGUGAGGUGGUCACUCCCUUCCACACCCUGAAGGUGGACGUGACCACAGAGAGAGAAAGGCUGGAGCAGGUCGAUGACGAGCAGCCGAUCUGCAUGAGGGACGAGUGGGAGCUGAAGAUGGAGGAAGGGACAGUGACCAAGAUCAGCAGUCAGCAGACUCGCAUGAUAAAAGUAAUGGAAAAUCCGGACAACAACCUUUACUUGGACAAUUCCGAGGUCCAGGUGAACUGCCAGGAGAAGAUGGAGGUGUGUGAGGAGAGCACAGAGAACUCUCAGAUGGACACUUUGGGAAAGAGGACAUCUGACCUGGAAGUUGCCAUUAAGAGGACCAGGAGCGGACGCGUCACCAGGUCCACCCUGGAGAGAAAGGCUGAGACUGAGCUGCACAGCGUCAGCAAGAAGAAGCCCUCUCCCAUCGAAGACAAAAUGCAGUUAUCGCAGUUCGAGUUCCCCUGCAGUCAGGAUGUCCAGGCCUCUGUGUCGAAGAAACGCAAGUUCAGUGAACCCAAGGAACACUACUGACCUCUGACCUUUCCACUUUACCUAUAAGAUACCUUUCAAGACAAGAACCGAUUUUCUAAUUUGCAUGGGCAAAAGCUCUAGUCUUUUUUAGUUGUUUUAAAGGAAAGGUGUAGUGCCCACCGCCAACACCACCAUAGUACUGCUGCAUUCUGUUACAAUGGAAAGGAUAAAGGAAAUGGUUCUUUCUAGUCCACCUUGUUUAUGUUUAUACUUUUUUUUCUUCAUUGUUGGGUUUCAUGCUAGUGUGUGAUAUGGAGACUGGGGAAAAUGUAUUUCCUACAAUUGUAUAUUGGGGUCUGUGAAGUGCGAAACUCACAGUUUUAUUUAUUUCAAAGGUUGGCAUUUGUAUUGUGACAAUACUGUUUAGUUUGUUUUAUGAUUACCAUGAACUUUACACUGUGCAAAAUUGUGUUUAUAUUUUGUAUUGUUAUAUAAUGUAUCAAUAUACAGUACCCUCCAGUUGUAAGUUAUUUGAUUAAAUGUAUGUUUCUAAUAAAUUAAAGUGCCUUUUCUCAGUUUUGAAAAA